GCUCGGUAAUCGAUACCUUCGAAAUCCCGCUGCUCUUAUAAAUAGUGUGGCGGGGACCCAGAGUAAUACAAAGGGGUCCAUUGACUUGAGGAGGUGCUGAUCGCUUGUCUAUACACAGAGGACAAUGACUUCCAAAUGGAUCCUGUUAUUAUCGAUAGUGUCCAGUGUGGUCCUACUAUCAAGGGCACAAAUAAGCUUCUCUACGAGCUGGGGCAGUGGUAAACGCGCAGCCUACAACGAACCUGUGAAUCAUAAUAACAUCAACCUUGAUAGCACGUGCAUGAGUAGGACGGAACCGGAAGUCCUACUUGAACUUGUUAAAACGAUACAGAAACAAACCGAACGCGUUAUAGAGUGCCUCAUGGAAUCUAAAACAGCAAAACAAAGACAGAGGUCAAUCCACUACUCGUGACAGCGAAAACCUUCCGCGCAGGAUUCAAGUCCACUUCCAUGUUAGAUCAGAUUUCAUAAAAUAAUAUACAGAAGCA